AUGGCCUCUACAUUUUCAUAUGCGCAAGCCGCAAAAGGCGUCUCCACGCCAGCGACCACAAGCAAGUCGGCAUCCGGCUCUGCUACUCCAGCCAAGGACGGCAACAGCGCAUCUGGCCAAGAAACCAGUGCUUCGCCCAGCAACUGGGCUGAAGACGUCGAGUCUGAGUCGCGCCCUGAGCAACCUGCGAAAGCCCACGAGGCGCAACCAGAGCAAACCGCUCCCAACGUGGCUAAGAUUUCACAGCCUGUAGAUGCCUCUAAUGAAUCCUCACCGGAUCUCGCAUCCUCCACCUCGUCAACAGUCACCAAGGACGACGACGUUUCCUCGAUACCAAAUGCCUCCUCUGAGUCGACCACUUGGGAUAAUAAGUCCCAGGCCUCCACCUCUGUUGAUAAGUCGGUCGAGCCGGUCGAAAAGACAUCCGACAAGGUCAAGAAGGCCAAAAAUGUCCCCGCUAAGCCUCUUCAGGAGGCGCCCGUACCGACUGUAAACCCUUGGAAAAUACGAGCGGACACCAUCAAGUCCCAGGUCCAGAAGGUCGCACCCCAAACAACUCCCAACGGAGUCCAGGCUAAGAAGGGCGACUCAACGUCCCAAGAGAAGGUCACAAACGGCGAGAGCAGAAGCAAGGGCCGAAAAGAUUUCCGGGGCGAUGUCGAUGUCAGGAAUGGUGCCAAGGGUAGAUUUCCUGAGAAGGAUGCCAAGGCAGGCCCGAAUGCGAGCGCGCUGCCUCCUCCGCCAAACCGCGAUCAGGAGUCCUGGCCAACCCCCGAGACCGUUAUUGAUGAGGAUCGCAAGAAGGCCCAAGAGAAGGGCGAGAAGACCGAGCAAAAACCCAGGGAUGGCACCUCGACCAGCAAGCAUGAGUGGGUGAAAAUCCCAUACACACCAACUGUCGUGUUCAACACACCUCUGCCAAACGCGGCAGGUGCUAGGAGAGGUGGCCGACCUGGAGGACGUGGUGGAGCGCUGAGCAGUGGCAGGCCUACUGGUUUCGGCAGCAAUGGUGCUGAACACACUGAGAAGGAUGGAUUCGCACUGAACGGCGAGCAGAAGGCAGCUGCUCAGGAUGCGUCUCCAAAGACAAAGCGCACCGAUUCACCUACGUUGAACGGUCAGUCGCCCGCAGUCAACGGAGACAGCGCUGACAAAGCCACUGGCCCUGUAACCUCCGAGUCUGAGGCACAGCCCAGGAGGUCGACAUUGUCCAACAUGCCCGCUCAGAACGGCGCCUACCCUCGCCAGUACCCCGGCAAGCCCCACAAGGGCCGCCGAGGCGAAUUCCACGGCGCCGGAGAGCGAAGGAGAGAUGGUGCUUCCUCACCCACCAAGGAUAACACCUGGGGUGAGCAUCAGACCUCUGCUGGAACGCAGACAGACGCUGCUGGGGAUGGUGAGCGUAGAGCUCCUACUUACCAAGACGGCUCUUCGCAUGGUCAUUCCAAGCGCUUUAGUUCAUUCUCUAGUGGUCGUGAACGUGGCCGUGGAGGUCGCGGCGGCCGUGGAAACUACACCAAUGGGCACCACUUCACUAACGGACACUCUACGUCGAGCUUCCCCUUGGGUCCACGAUCUCCUACGACCUUUGUUCCCGAGAGCAACAGUUUCUUCCCCGCGUCUCAGGGCAAGUACGGUCGCAACGGCCAUCGAUCACAGUCUUUGACUGCCGACCCUUACAGGUACCAAUCCUUCCAGAGCGGGUACCCAGCUCCUAUACAGACUGGCCAUGAUAUGUACCCUUACGGCAUGGCUCCUCCACCUAUGAGCGCUGGAUUACCGUACAGCCCAUACGGCGUUGAUCAGUACCAGAUUUUCUCCAUGAUCACUGCCCAAGUGGAGUACUACUUCUCCGUUGACAACUUGCUCAAGGAUAUGUACCUACGUCGCCACAUGGAUUCACAAGGAUUUGUCUCUCUUGAAUUCAUUGCUGGUUUCAACCGCAUCAAGAACCUGUCCCCCGAUAUCGACAUGAUUAGGCUUGUCUGCCAGCAGUCUGCCGUCAUUGAGUACCGCACUAGCGAGAACGGUCAAGACCGACUGCGUCGCAAGGACAACUGGGCACAAUGGGUUCUUGACAUGGCCGAGCGCGAUCCAUCUGCGCAGAACGAGGGACCAAAGGAGCUCAACCAACCUCAGAUCUCUCAUCCUGCAGGCUUCGACCCAUCCAAGCCCCCUCAGUGGUCAGCCAUGUCCCCAGCUUUUAGCCCGUUCGGGAACGAGGGCGCCUACCCUCAGAUGAACGGAUUCCAUCCUGUUCCCCAAGAUGCCGGAUCGGUGCCGGCGGAGACAAACGGCACGGCCCCGGAAGAAGCAAAUGCGGCCGUCUCGAACGGUCACCCGAUCGAGAGCUCGACAAAGGCUGUGAGUGGAGAACCUGAUUCAUUUUCUGACUUGCAACUCGACAGCUUGACAGUCGUUAUGCGCAAGCAAAACCAGACCCAAGCGUUGCCUCCUUCCGUUUCACGAACAUUUUCUAAUGGCUCCAUCGAUAGUAAACAUGGCGUGCCAGAUGAACCGGAGAACUCGAUCACCUGCCAAGUGAUGGUUAAUGGUGCCGGAAAAUCGGAUGGUGGCGCUGAGAGCCAGCUUGAUCGCCCACAGACCGUCACCGACCCCUUACAAUCGACUUCUCCCGCUGCGCCUGCUCGCCUCUAUUGGGUCAAAGAUCAUCACAACCCAGUUCACACAAUUCCCUCUGAUUCAUCGCAUGAAUCGUAUUAUCAUCUUCGAUCCAAAGCCCUUUACCAGCGUUCCAAUGCACCUCUGGGCACAACCCCUUACGACAUGAACGUUCUUUACCAAUUCUGGUCACAUUUCUUGAUACGGAAUUUCAAUCAAUCAAUGUACGACGAGUUCCGCCAUUUGGCUUUCGAAGACGCCGCCCACCGGAGGACGGACACUGGAAUUUCCAAUCUUAUCGAGUUUUACGGCGAGUCUUUGCUUUCGUCACAUGGGGUGAUCCGCCAGCGGGUAGCUUCAGACUUCAUUGAACUUAUCAGGACCGAGGACGAGCGCCGUCCAGCUUUCGACCAGCUGAAAGCAGCUUAUUGCAGCGGUAGCAUGGACCUUCGAAGUCGACAGCGUAUUGAUGAUUUGCUUGAUGCUGAUACCUUGGCUCUGUUGACACCCCCAUGA